GGGCUUAAACCUGGCCCACAACAGGAUAAAGCACAUUCGAGCACGCGAUCUGCAGCAGGCUGUGAACUGAGAGUCCUGCUACUGCCAUCAAAUGAAAUCAGCUCAAUAGAGGAGGAUUCGUUUCGUUCCCUUGCAAAACUGGAGCUCUUGGACUUAUCAAAUAACAGCUUGGCUCACUUGUCCCCUGCGUGGUUUGGGCACCUUUUUUCACUGCAGCAGCUCAACAUUCAAGGAAACACCUACAGCGACCUGGGGGAAAGUUCCCUCUUUUCUACCCUGAGCAACUUGAGCUCUCUCUACCUGGGCAAUCCGCAGUUCUCCACGAUAAGGCAAGGAAACUUUGAGGGCAUUACGCUUCUUGAUGAGUUGUGGAUUGACGGCAGCAAUCUCAGUCAGUAUGAGCCAGGAAGUCUGAAAUCAGUUAGGAAGAUACAUCACAUGAUCAUCAGCCUAAAAAGGGUGGACGUAUUCUCAGAGAUUGUAGGGGAUCUUCUGCACUCCGUCGUAUGGUUA